AUGCCACCACGACGGUCUGACAGUUCACCUUACAUCGGAUUCACAGAUGCAAAAACAUUGUUCGGCGCGCCACUACAAAUCAAAACAACAAACGCGCCGACAGGAGGUCCGAUCGACAUCGACAUCGAGACAAUCAUCGACAAUCGUAUCGAUAGUCAACGCGGGUCCGACACGAGUCGACAACCGGACGUGACGUCACGCCGUCCGUGCGUAAACGCGAGAAUUUUAAACAACCUUUUGGUAUAUUGCGUUGUCUCUCCGAACAGAUGUCAUUGGUACAAACAAAGAUGUCUCAUGCUUUGA